AUGCUGACACUGACAUUACGACAAAUAACCAGGCCCCUGUGCCGGCGUGUCCAGCGCUCCUCCGCAGCGGUGUGUGUGCGCGCCGAUGGCUCCUGGACGGGGCAGGAGAGUCUGUCUCAGGAUGACCCAGAAAUGUGGGAUCUGCUGCUGAAGGAGAAGGACAGACAGUGUCGAGGACUGGAGCUCAUCGCCUCUGAGAAUUUCUGCAGUCGUGCGGCUCUGGAGGCUCAGGGUUCGUGUCUGAACAAUAAGUACUCAGAGGGAUACCCGGGGAAGAGGUAUUACGGCGGAGCGGAGGUGGUGGAUCAGAUCGAGUUGUUGUGUCAGAAGAGAGCUCUGGAAGCGUUUGAUCUGGACCCGCAGCUCUGGGGUGUGAAUGUUCAGCCCUAUUCUGGAUCUCCAGCAAACUUCGCUGCGUAUACAGCAGUGCUGAACCCACACGAGCGCAUCAUGGGCCUGGACCUGCCUGAUGGUGGACAUCUCACCCACGGGUACAUGUCUGACGUCCGCCGCAUCUCCGCCACUUCCAUCUACUUUGAGUCGAUGCCCUACAAACUCAACCCUAAAACAGGCCUGAUCGACUAUGAUCAGAUGGAGCUGACGGCGAAACUCUUCAGACCCAAACUCAUCAUCGCUGGAACCAGCGCCUACGCCAGACUCAUCGACUACUGCCGCAUCAAGACGCUGUGCAGCGAGAUCAACGCAUACAUGCUGGCCGACAUGGCGCACAUCAGCGGACUGGUGGCAGCUAAAGCUAUUCCCUCACCAUUCCAGCACGCAGACAUCGUCACCACCACCACACACAAAUCACUGCGAGGCUCCAGGGCGGGACUUAUCUUCUACCGUAAGGGUGUGCGUUCGGUUGAUAAGAAGGGCAAAGAGAUCAUGUAUGAUCUGGAGGAGAAGGUCAACUUCUCUGUGUUCCCUUCGCUUCAGGGCGGCCCACACAAUCACGCCAUCGCCGGCGUCGCUGUGGCUCUCAAACAGGCCACGUCGCCCAUGUUUCGAGAGUAUAUCGCUCAGGUUCUGAAGAACUCCAAGGCCAUGGCGGCCGCACUGCUGGACAAGGGAUACACACUCGUCUCUGGUGGUACUGAUAAUCACCUGGUGCUGGUGGAUCUGCGGCCGCAGGGGAUGGACGGAGCGCGUGCGGAGCGAGUGCUGGAGCUGGUGUCCAUCACAGCCAACAAGAACACCUGCCCUGGAGACAAGAGCGCACUCACACCUGGAGGACUGAGACUGGGUACCCCAGCUCUGACCUCUCGGCAGCUGAAGGAGUGUGACUUCCAGAAGGUCGUGGAGUUCAUUCAUCAGGGCAUCCAGAUCGGGCAGGACGUCAAGAAGAAGACCAAAAAGCUCUCUGAUUUUAAGAGUUUCCUUCUGGAAGAUGCAGAGACGGUUUCUCGAAUCGCGGAUCUGCGCAGUCGUGUGGAGGCGUUCGCGCGUCCCUUCCCCAUGCCUGGAUUCCACGACCAUUAA